AUGGUCCCCAACCUUUUCGACAUCCCCUUUUGCGACUUCGGGGUUGGUACACUCACCCCGGACUUGCGGAGCAUCCCUGCCUACGUCUCCAGCAGGACCUACGGCUGCGCGUACUGCGCCUCCCACACGGCGGUGAUGGGAACGGUGUGGAAGGGCAGCGGCUUGACCCUGGACAAGAACGCGAUGGCGAUGGACGCGGAGCCUAGCCCGGAUGUGUUCAGCCGCAAGGAGCUCGCGGCGAUCAACAUCGCCAAGAAGGUCGGAGCCGUCCCGUCUACCGUAACGACGGCCGACAUCGAGAUGCUCGCGACCACCUUCACGCCCAAGGAGCAGGAGGCGGUGGUCAACGCGUGCACCAUCAUGGGCUUCCUCAACCGUUUCAUGGAUGCCUCCGGCAUGACCCUCGAGAUGGAAGCAAUCGAGACCUCCCUGCAAAAGCUCGCGCCAAGUGGCUGGGCCCCUAAUGUUGCUUAUGACAAGGACGCUGACGCUGAGCUGAUGAAGGAAGACAGGAUGGAGGCCGCGAAGCGGGAGAAGAGAAAGAAGGGCUCGGGCUUCUUCGGAUUCGUGAAGAUGAUCUUCGGGGGAAAGAUGGCCGACAACCGGUCCCUCAAGAAGAUUCCAACCUCGGACGCGGCUCUGUUCAGCCAGUGCAAGAAGGACGGCGGCUUCGUGCCCUACUACAUCCGGCAGAUGCAGCACGCGACCGCGAAGAAGGCACUUUCGUUCGGGUUCCUCCUCAGGCUGUGCCAGGGGUCGGACGAAGUUCCGGUUCAACUUAAGCAGCUCAUGGCCUACCAGUGCGCCACAAACGCGGAGAACAACGUCCUCCGGGCGCACUUCGCCUUCAUGGCCAUGCGCAGCGGGGUAACCCUGUCGAGGCUGAUCCAGGUGACGGAUAUUACCUCAACUGGUGGAGGGGAGAGCGCGGCGGAGGACGCGGCCAUGGCCUUCGCUCAGGCGGCAAGCUGGACGCCCACGCGCAUGACGGCGGCCCUCGCCGGCCUGAUCUCGCGCCUCUUCUCUCCCCCCGCGGUGAUCGAACUUCUCAUCACCGUCUCGGUGGAGUUCGCGAUACACCGGUGGACCUCGGUCUACGUCCCGCGAAGGUACGAGCCGCAAAUCGACGAGUUCGUCAAGGAGUACGGGCCGGCGCUUGGAAUCCCCCACAGCCCUUGCACAGUGGACCAGCAAAUGUGGGAAGAGAUUGCCGCCCAAAAGCGCAAGCAGUAG